AUGAACAUGAAUGACAGCGACAUUCCGGAGCGCAUUGCAGCUGCACGACGAGAGGCUGAAGCGCUUAAAGACCGAAUUAAACAACGCAAAGAAGCGCUUGCGGAUGCAACAUUGCAGGAAAUGGCAAAAGAUGUAGAACCACUACCACGCAUAGUGAUGAAAGUGAGACGUACCCUCAAGGGCCAUUUGGCCAAGAUUUAUUCGAUGCAUUGGGCAAGCGAUCGUCGACACGUUGUAUCAGCAUCACAAGACGGCAAACUGAUUGUGUGGGAUGCCUAUUCUUCUAACAAGGUACACGCUAUCCCCCUGCGUUCCUCAUGGGUCAUGACUUGUGCCUAUUCUCCUUCCGGUAACCUCGUUGCUUGUGGUGGUCUCGAUAAUAUCUGCUCCAUUUAUAAUCUAAGAACUCGAGAUGGCCCUGCUCGUCCUGCUCGCGAAUUAUCAGCACACACCGGUUACCUUAGUUGUUGUCGCUUCAUCAAUGACAGGCAAAUUCUUACGAGUUCAGGAGACAAGACGGCAAUGUUAUUCGAUAUCGAUGCCGGUGUCAAGACUGAAGAAUUUGUUGAUCAUGCCAAUGAUGUGAUGAGCUUGUCAUUGGGUCCCAAUCCAAAUGUGUUCGUCACUGGUGCUUGUGAUUCAACAGCCAAAGUCUGGGAUAUCCGUACAAAGCGAUGUGUACAAACUUUUGUUGGUCAUGAAUCAGAUGUUAACGCCGUGCAGUUCUUCCCUAAUGGUGACUCUUUUGCAACGGGCAGCGACGACAGCACUUGCAAGCUCUUUGAUAUACGAGCCGAUACAGAACUUUGCACCUAUACACACGAAUCCAUCCUUUGUGGUAUCACAUCGAUCGAUUUCUCGGUUUCAGGAAGAUUGCUAUUUGGUGGCUAUGACGACUACAAUUGCAAUGUCUGGGAUACGCUCAAAGGUGAACGAGUGGGUGUCCUUGCAGCUCACGAAAACAGAGUUUCUUGUCUUGGUGUUUCAGGAGAUGGCAUGGCUCUUUGCACUGGUAGUUGGGAUGCAACUUUGCGUGUGUGGGCCUAA